AUGCAGGGUCGUGAUAUAUCUAGGCAGCCCUGUCCUGAUAGGAUUGUUGAGGACAUGGGUGGAGCCUUCGGUAUGGGUUCCGUCGGCGGAUUCCUUUGGCAUUUUAUCGCUGGUGCUAAAAAUUCACCCAAGGGUUUAAUUUUAAAGAACGCCUUGUACACUGCGAGCAUGAAAUCUCCUGUUCUUGGCGGGAAUUUUGCCGUUUGGGGUGGCACCUUUUCCACUUUUGACUGUACGUUCCAGGCUCUUCGUAAGAAGGAGGACCACUGGAACGCCAUUUUUAGCGGCUUUACUACUGGCGGUGUUCUUGCUUUGAGGGGUGGUUUAAAGCACGCUUCCCGGAACGCCUUUAUUGGCGGCCUUCUGCUCAGUAUUAUAGAGACUGUUUCAAUUGUUGUAAAUAAGAGGAUUGCCGUGACUCCCAGGCAACAUUUUCAGCGUCAAAUGGACUAUGAACGCCAGCUAAAGAAUCGGGACGUGAAUUUUACUCCCAAUCCCAGUCCCACGUAG